GGAAGCAACCAAUGAAUGCAUUGGCCCCUGGUGUGCAGACUUCCACCCAUGUGCACACCUCGCCGCACCCACGCCAUGGCCCUGCUCAGCAUCAACAAGCUGCUGCCGAUGCCGAUCCUGCUGGAGGUGUUCACGCACGUGCCCGCCCGACAGCUGGUGCUGCGCUGCCGACCCGUCUGCAGCCUCUGGCGCGACCUCAUCGACACGGUGACCCUCUGGAAACUCAAGAGCCUGCGUGACGGCUUCAUCACCAAGGACUGGGACGAGCCGGUGGCAGACUGGAAGAGCUUCUAUUUUUUGAGCAUCCUCCGCAGGAACCUCCUGCGCAACCCAUGUGGUGAAGAGGGUAUGGCAGCCUGGCAUGUCGACGCCAAUGGGGGCGACGAGUGGAACGUGGAGAGCUUGCCUGGAGCCUGUGGCACAGACUUCCCCAGCCCCCAAGUCAGGAACUACUUCGUCACAUCCUACCGCCUCUGCCGUAAGUCCCAGGUGGUGAACCUCAAAGCCAAGGGCUACUGGGAGGAGCUGAUGGACGAGGUCAGGCCUGACAUUGUGGUGACGGACUGGUUCGCUGCCAGAGCAGACUGCGGCUGCACCUACAGCAUCUGCGUGCAGCUGCUCUCGGCCGACAACAUCGCCUUGGCCUCCUUCGAGCCCCCACCCGUGACCAUCCCUCAGUGGAACGAUGCCACGUGGACAGAGGUCACCCACACCUUCUCGGACUACCCCCGGGGCGUCCGCCACAUCCUCUUCCAGCACGGGGGCAAAGACACCCAGUCCUGGGCAGGCUGGUACGGGCCGCGUGUCACCAACAGCAGCAUCGUCAUCAGCCCCAAGGUCACCAGGAACCCAGCGCCCUCCAUGGGCCUGCAAGGGCCCAGAGCUGCAUCUGGUGGACAGGAACAAACGACCUCAUCGGGGGACGGCCCCGUCGGAGCACCUGAGUGUCCCCUGGUGUGCAGACUUCCACCCAUGCGCCCACCUCGCCGCACCCGCGCCAGGGCCCUGCUCAGCAUCAACGAGCUGCUGCCAGAGACCGUCCUGCUGGAGGUGCUCACGCACGUGCCCGCCCGGCAGCUGGUGCUGCGCUGCCGACCCGUCUGCAGCCUCUGGCGCGACCUCAUCGACACGGUGACCCUGUGGAAACUCAAGAGCCUGCGUGACGGCUUCUUCACCGAGGACUGGGACCAGCCGGUGGCAGACUGGAAGAGCUUCUAUUUUUUGUGCAUCUUCCGCAGGAACCUCCUGCGCAACCCGUGUGCAGAAGAGGGUAUGGCAGCCUGGCAUAUCGACGCCAAUGGGGGCGACGAGUGGAACGUGGAGAGCUUGCCUGGAGCCUGUGGCACAGACUUCCCCAGCCCCCAAGUCAGGAACUACUUCGUCACAUCCUACCGCCUCUGCCGCAAGUCCCAGGUGGUGAACCUCAAAGCCGAGGGCUACUGGGAGGGGCUGAUGGAUGAGUACCGGCCUGACAUUGUGGUGACAGACUGGUUCGCUGCCAGAGCAGACUGCGGCUGCACCUACAGCAUCCGAGUGCAGCUGCUCUCGGCCGACUACAUCGUCUUGGCCUCCUUCGAGCCCCCACCCGUGACCAUCCCUCAGUGGAACGAUGCCACGUGGACAGAGGUCACCCACACCUUCUCGGACUACCCCCGGGGCGUCCGCCACAUCCUCUUCCAGCACGGGGGCAAAGACACCCAGUUCUGGGCAGGCUGGUACGGGCCGCGCGUCACCAACAGCAGCAUCGUCAUCAGCCCCAAGGUCACCAGGAACCCGGCGUCCUCCACGGGCCCGCCCAGGCCCAGGUGGUAAGAGCCCAGGUCGGCCCUUGGGGCCCUUUAUUCAAACAACUCACAGCACAGUGUUUGAGGCAGCGUUGGCCGGAGAAACCCCGGGGGCCGAGGCAUGCAGGUCCCACAGCCUUCCUGCCCUUCUGGGGAAGUUCCUCCGUGCAGACAGCCAGCCCGAGCUGGAGGGCGAGCCAUCCAUACACAGAGGCAAUAAGAGCACUUGGAAUCAGGGGCGCCCUGCGGCGCUGCCUGAGGCUGAGGGCCCCCAAAGUCCGACAGCUGUGGCAUCUGCGGGGGACGGGCGGGGGGGCAGACACACCCUCAGCUGCUUUUAUGGGCUCGUUCUUCCACGUAGAGCUGCAUCUGAUGGACAGGAACAAAUGACCACGUCGGGGGACGGCCCCGUCGGGGCACCUGAGUGGUGAGCCCACAAGCCCCUGGCAGGCGGCCCUGUGCCAAGGGUCGGGGUGCACGGCCACAGCCAGAAUUGAAGGGAGAGGGGCGUGGGAGGAGCCUUACACCAGCACUCCCUGCAAGUGCCCCCCAGCCUUGCGCACAAGGCCUUAGCACACCCCAAAUAAAGCGUACCCAGUGGCCACACAGCUCA